AUGGGAAAUAAUGAAUCGGGAAUGUUUGAUCGACCACAAGAUGGUGUCAAGAAAUUCGGUCAAGAUAAUAAAAAACAAGAUGAAGCAACCGUUGAACAAAUGGCUAUAGUAUUAGGUUUACAUAAACAUGGCAAAGAACCUGUAACAAAUUUACGCGGUGAUAGAAAACAAAUUGAAAUUGAUGGUAUCACUUAUGAAGUAACACAAUUUGUUAAUCGUGGUGGAUUUGGUCAAGUUUAUAAAGCCCAAGAUCGAAAACGUAAUCGUGCUGUAGCAUUGAAAAUAAUGAGUAAUAAAAUCGGAAUGCAAGAUGAAAUUAAAAGUGAAAUACAUUUUUUACGUUUAAUUAAAAAUAUUGAUAUAGACAAUCAUCCCGUCAUUGAAUAUUAUGCUUGUAAAUUUACAAGAGAAAAUAUUUUUAUUGCAAUGGAAUUAGCUUCUUGUGAUCUUUUAUCUUUUUGGUUUCAUAAUACAAUUCGAACAGAUACUCAACAAAAAUUUAUUUUUGGUCUUAUUAUUAUUAUUUAUGUUUUACGUGCAUUGAUUUUUCUUGAAAAAUUGAAUAUUAUUCAUGGAGAUAUAAAACCACAGAAUCUUGUUAUUGUUCAAAAUUCUCAACGUUUUUAUCUUAAAUUAAUUGAUUUUGGUACUGUUGAAAAAAUGAAUACAAAAUGUGCACAAAUAACAGUUGAUGCAAGUAAAGCUUAUACAGUAUAUUUUGCUUCACCUGAAUUUUUACAUCGUGAUUCAAAUCAUAUUAUAUCACGACAUCUUCAUAAGAAAUCAGAUGCAUGGGCAGCUGGUGUAAUGUUUUAUGUAUUAUUCUUUGGAAAAGUACCAUGGAAAGAUGAACAUGAUUAUGAAAAUUUUUGUAAUGAUUCACAUGCUCGAGAUAUAAUUGUACCACGUGAAGGUGGUUAUAAAUCAAUUAUUGAAUUAUUAUUAAAGAAAAAUCCGGAUGAACGUUCAAGUGCUAAAGCAACUUAUCUGCAAAUGAAAGGACAUCCAACUCUUGGUCCAAUUAUUAAAUCAUUUCAACAACAUUUUUGUUCUGUAGAUGAUGUAUGUUAUAUGAGGAUACCCGAUAAUGUUCGAGAUGAACUUGCUAAACUUCCACGAUCAAGGCAUUCUGUCAGUGGAUCAAGUUCAUCCGUGGGAAAAUCAACUUUGGGUUCACGUCGUCCAUGUCGAUAUGGUCGUGAUUGUUAUAGGAAAGAUUUUGAACAUCGCAAGGAAUUUUCACAUCCAGGUGAUUCAGAUUAUCCUGUAUCGACUGAUCAUACUGAAAAACCUAAAUGUCGUUAUGGAGCUGAUUGCUAUAGAACUGAUUAUGAACAUCGAAAAAAAUAUUCACAUCCUGCUGAUUCGGAUCAUGAUCAUACUGGAAAGCCAAAAUGUCGUUAUGGAAAAGCAUGUUAUGAUAAAAGUCUUGAACAUCUCAGAAGGUUUUCACAUCCGAAUGAUUCUGCAAAAGAAAAAUGUCGAUAUGGUAGUGCUUGUUAUAAGACGAAUGAUCCUGAACACAUGGCAAGAUUUUCACAUGAUUAA